CCUCGGACUGAAAUGGCAGACGAAAAGAAGGUUUAUUUGGAUUACAAUGCCACAACACCACUUGAAUCAGAAGUUAUUGGAGCCAUUACAAACAGUCUGACUGAAGCAUGGGGGAAUCCAAGUAGUUCUCAUGAUGCUGGGAUUAAAGCCAAGAAAGUGAUAGAUGAAGCAAGGUACAAUGUAGCUAACAUGAUAGGGGCUAAAUCAUCAGAUAUCAUUUUUACAUCUGGUGGAACAGAGGGAAAUAACAUGAUAAUACAGACCGCAGUGAAAUAUGCCUAUCAUGAUUUGUCUAAUGGCUACCCAGGGGGAGAUAAUCGGGACAAACUUCCGCACUUUAUUACAUCUAAUCUAGAACAUGACUCGGUGAAACUGGUACUAGAACAUCUUGCAGAAGAAGGAACAGCAAGUGUUACAUUUGUACCUGCUUCUAGUAAAACAGGACAGGUAGAUGUAGACGACGUGUUAUCAGCAAUCAGACCUUCCACAUGCAUGAUUACUGUUAUGAUGGCUAACAAUGAAACAGGUGUAAUUCAGCCAAUAAAACUGAUAUCAGAAAAGUUAAGACAAAUCAACCAAUCAAGGAAGAGUUUACCUAAGAUAUUACUCCACACUGAUGCAGCCCAGGCUAUAGGGAAAAUAGAAGUGGAUGUGGAGGAUUUAGGGGUGGAUUAUUUAACUGUUGUUGGACAUAAGUUUUAUGGUCCAAGGAUAGGAGCCAUAUAUGUUAGAAACCUUGGUAAUAAAGACGUUCCAUUAUACCCAAUGUUAUAUGGAGGUGGGCAAGAGAGAAAUUAUAGACCUGGAACAGAAAACACAGUAAUGAUAGCUGGAUUGGGAAAGGCAGCUGAGCUUGUAGUAAAGAAUAUCAUUUGUUACAAGAACCAUUUGUCUUCAGUCAGGGAUUACUUGGAGAUCAAAUUACAGGCAACCUUCAAAGAUAGGAUCCGUGUGAAUGGUAAAUUUGCCACCAGUGAAAGACUACCAAAUACUUGUAAUGUAUCGAUUCUGAGUGACAAAUUACAGGGUCAUAAAGUUUUAUCUAACUGUAGAAUUCUACAAGCCAGUAUUGGGGCUGCUUGUCAUUCACAAAAUAGACCAUCACCUAUUCUGUUAGCAAUAGGGGUUCCUGAAUCAGUUGCCAGAAAUGCAUUGAGGUUGUCAGUGGGCAGAGAAACUACUAAAGAUGACAUUGACUGUGUGAUACAGGACUUGAUACAAGCUGUCAAUCAAUUAGAAAAUCAUACAACAGAGACUUGAUUAUAAAAUUAUUUUAAAGUGGAUUUUAUUGAAUAAUUUUAAGCUUAUUCCAUUAAACCUGCUUAAACUCUUAAAAUUCCAACACUUCAAUGAAUACAAUUGAGAAUGGAAAUGUGGAAAUUUAAAAGAAACAAAAACCAGACCAAAGUGUAGACUACAGCCAAAGUCCACCAAUGGGUCUUCAACGCAGCAAUCAGAGGUGGUCCUCAGCUGGCCCCUAAUAAAAUUGUGUACUAGUCCAGUGAAAAUUGAAGUCCCACUAAAUGUCAAAACAUAUAAAUGAACUGAAAUAAAAAAAAAAAACAUACAAGACUAAGUUUAGACUAAGAUUGCUUUAUUUAUAAAAAUCAGUUUUGUAAUUGUAACAACUUUUAAAAUAUUUAAGUAUUUUGUCAAGUAGCAAAUAUAAGGAGUUUUGGGAAGAUUCACCUAUUAUAUAAUAAUCAUUUAUUGCGAGUGCAUAUUUUUCUUGAAAGACGUGCAUAUCAGUGAUUGGUGAAUAUUAAGAGAAUUACUCAGAUUGACAUAAAAGAACAGUCCUUAUUUGGCUGUGAGAAGAGGACACUCUAGUCAAUGUAAAAAAAUAGGGAAGGAAGAUAAUGAAGAGAUAAUAAACCUCAUAAGUAAAAAAAGGGUUGAUAAUGCCAUUGCAACAAACCUUCAAGAUGGGAAAACUGUACAUGUAUUAAAAGCACUGUUUAUAUGAUAUACCACUAUUGGGUAUUUUAGAGCAUAUCAAAAAAUUGUUAGCUUGCCAAGCCUGUAUCCUUUCCUGUUUAUUUUUGUGGGUUUUGUUUUACGGUUUGCUUUGAUUGAUGAUCAUUCCAAAGCUUUCUGCAAAAUGUUGAAAAUGUUUUCUGUGAUGAUUCAUUAUGUGCUGUGUGGAUAACCUGUAAGUUGCCAUAUGAAUAUUGAUAAGAAAUCUUGAUUAUUGCUCUCUAUGUUAUUUAUGUCAGGAAUGUAUAAGUUUUUGUAAUAAAUCAUAUUAAAAUCAA